AGCACAUAAUAAGAGUCUAAGAGAUUGUAAUUCGUAGAUCAUAGGACAUGAAGAUGGAAAAUCUGAUUUGUCAUUGUCUUCAAAAGCCGAUGACGUUGUGUUUAAAUCAUCUGGCCACGGAGUCUGGAGCUCUGAUCGGUUCCAACGACGAUCUUUUAAUUGAAAUCCUUCUCCGAUUGCCUGUUACCUCUGUUCUUCGAUUCAAAUCUGUAUCCAAACACUGGCGUUCCCUUUUGAGUCAACGACCUUUCACCCUACUGUAUAAAAAUGCUUCCUUCUCUCCUGGCUUUUUUGGCUUUUUUGGUCGCAGUUUGUAUAUUCCAUUUGAUGAUGAGAACCGAAGUACUCAUCCUUUUCGUGAUCUCGACUUCUAUCCUGAUCCUCAUGGUAUUAGAAUCGUGCAAUCUUGUAACGGAUUGCUGCUUUGUCGUAGCAAUGAAGGGGAUGAACGUGUGCGUAAAUAUUAUGUAUUUAAUCCUACCACCAAGCAAUUUGCAGUCAUCCCAUCAAUUCUCGGAGGCAUGGCUGUUCGUGAAACCAUCCUUUUUAUGGCUCUAAAGGUUGUUUGCUUUUACUUUCCUAAGCCUGACGAUGUGGUUAAGGUUCAAAUCUACUCCUCCGAAACAGGGAAAUGGAAGAUUUCAGAUGAUUAUAUGUCUUUACCAUCGACUACCUAGUUUUUAAAACGAAAACAAAAUUGUUAAAAUCAUAUAUGUAUUCGUACACUUUCUAUCAACAAAA